AUGGAGGCAACGCUGUGGGAUGAAGAGCCGGCGGUGGUUCUUGACAAUGGUAGCGGAAACAUUAAGUGCGGUUUUGCUGGUGAAGAGAUUCCUCGAUGCGUAUUCCCGAGUGUUACAGGAGUCUCAAUGAAUGCCAGGAGCAGCGGCAGCAGCAGCAGUCAGCGUGUGUAUGUGGGAGACGAAGCCCUGCAGGAGAAGGGUCUGCGUUACUUCUAUCCAAUGGAACACGGCAUUGUUUUUGACUGGGAUCAAAUGGAGCGUGUUUGGCGGCAUGCGUAUGAGCAGCUACGUGUGCCGCCUGAGCGCCAGGCUGUGCUUUUGACCGAGGCACCACUGAACCCGAUUAGCAACCGUGAGAAGAUGGCGGAGACUCUUUUUGAGUCCUUUGGCGUGCCAGCGCUUCACGUGCAAAUUCAGGCCGUGCUCACACUUUAUUCUUCUGGCCGCACCGACGGGCUUGUGUUGGACAGCGGUGACGGUGUAACGCAUCUUGUCCCCGUAUUUGAAGGGCAGACGAUGCCGCAAUCAGUGCGCCGGCUGGAGCUUGCUGGCCGUGAUUUGACGGAGUGGAUGAUGGAGCUGCUCAGCGAUGAGCUUGACCGUCCAUUCACUACAUCUGCCGAUCGCGAGAUUGCACGGCGCGUGAAGGAGAGCCUCUGCUAUAUACCGUUGUUUUUUGAAGAAGAACUACAGGCGGCGGAAGAGGAUGGCAUUAACGAGGACGUGAAAGGAAAAGAACCCUUCACACUGCCGGAUGGUGAGGUGAUUCACGUUGGGCGCGCGCGGUUCUGCUGCCCUGAGAUUCUUUUCAACCCGGCAUUGGCUGAGAAGCCGUACGACGGCAUUCAACACGCUGUAAUUAAUUGUGUGAACUCCUGCCCUAUCGAUCUUCGCCGGCAGCUACUUGGCAGUAUUGUCUUGUCCGGCGGCAACACGAUGUUCAAGGGAAUGCAGCAGCGUCUGCAGUCGGAGCUAGCAGCCCUAGCAAAUAAGCGUGCCGCUGAAGACGUCCGCGUGGUCGCUGCGAGUGAACGGAAGUUUAGUGUGUGGAUAGGUGCAGCCAUUCUUGCCAGCUUGACAUCCUUCGCCUCGGAGUGGAUCACAAGGACGGAGUACGCAGAGCAGGGAGCUGCUGUCCUCCACAAGCGGUGCGACUCCCUCAGUUUUGUCUCCAAGUAG